CGUAGUUUCAACUCGCCCGGCAAAACAGUGCUGGACUUGUCACACAACAGCCCAAAGAUACGCUUUUCUGGUCCAAAGCAGCAUACAGGACACACGUGGUCUCGUAUUAGGUGUCUGCAGGGAUGCACAUCUCAGUGCGUGAAAUCCACGUGUCUUCAGGUUCUUCCUAUUUCCUGCGGGUGGACUGGAAAGGGCAGGACUUGGGUUCAGGAUUCCAGUUGCUGCUGACUGAUGGACAAGACGCUUGGAGAGGAGAAGUGAGCGAGACAACACUAUGUGGCGAAGCAGAGGAGCUGGAGAUGCAGCUGGAGAGGUACAUCCAGGACCUGCACCAGGCACUGACCGGGACAGUGAGCUCCGUCACUUACACCUUCAGCCUGACGCCAACUCCUCCAAAAUGCAGCUCCACUGUUACGCUGUCAUAUGAGAAAGUGCAGAAGGACAUCUCUUUCAGCUUGGGCUCUGUUUUGUUGGGCCCCAUCCCAGAGCCAGCGGAGGCAGUGAGAGAAUUACUGAUUCACAGUCUGGAGAGGGGAAAUACACUGGAGUGCCAUAACCAGAAACUACAGAAGGAGAACCAGAGACUGAGACAAGAGCAGCAACGCAUCACUGCAGAACUGAAGCGCUAUGCCAGCGGUAAGGAGGAGCUGGAGGCAGAGCUGUACUCUCGAUUUGUCCUUAUCCUCAAUGAGAAGAAAGCUAAGAUCCGCAGUCUACAGCAAACCGUCACACACCUACAGGACGUGAGGAGUUCAGAUGAGCCAAAAAAGACAGAAUCUGACCAAACAGCAGAUCAAGCUAAAGAAGAUGAAUAUGGAGGAAGUACUGAUGAGGAGCCAGAGGAAGAGCAGGCUGCACCAGCCUCUACGGAACCAACCAGGGAAAGUUCAACACCAAGCCCAUUGGAUGACAGUCUGAGUGACAUCACAGACGUAGCACCCUGUCGCAAGCGCCGCUUUCGUCACCUCGGGCCCCCGGACCUGGCUGCUAAACAACCUAACCCACAGACCUCCAAGAAAAACAGGUCAUCCACAGGGAGGAUAGAGAGAAGGAGGAGCAGAAAAUGAAAAGAGUGAAAGAAAAAAUGAGCCUGCAUAGAAACACGAAGAGAAGACGAGGAUGAUCACAAAUUAAACCAAUAGAUUUUUGGGAAUAUGUUCCUUAUGCUCUUUAACCUCGUUUCAUAUGAUUAGAACUGUAGAAAUAGAUAGUUCAGGAAAAUCACACAUACAUCUAAAGAAUCUGACUCCGGUUCAGGGGCUCUCAGUGUGUUCAAGGUAAGACGACAACAUUUUAUGCUGAGAGACAUUUACGUUAUGUGCAGUCGAUUAUGUACAUUUACUGCCUCCUACCUAUUAGUUUAACUGGUCCUAAGUGUUAACUGUUCUCAAAGCUAACCAAUUUCUGUCUUGUUUGUUUACUCAGUCCACAAAGACAAAUGUCAAAAACACAAUUUGUGGUUUUAGAGGGUCAUAAAGUACAGAUUGGAACCAUUUCUUGAUGAAAGGCAGUGUCUGGUGCCAAGAUUUGGUCGUAUUGCAUCUUUAGUGAAAGCAAGUAGUGUCAACUUGUAAUCCCCCUGCAUCCCCUUAUAAUCACGGUACAUUAAACAGAUGAAUGUGUAAAUGAGA